CAUGCGCAGGCGGCGCCCUAUAUAAGCGCCUUGGCGCCGGCGCCAGCUGAGAACAGUCCAGGUUUGGGCGGCAGCGGCGGCUGAGGCAACUAUCUGGAAUCCUAAUAAGAUGUCAAGGCGCAGUAGUCGUUUACAAGCCAAGCUGCACCAGCCCUGCCAGGAUACGUCUCCUCAAGAACUGCAGCUGCCAGAGUCUCUUCAGAACAGAAAAAGGAAAGCAAUGCAGGACCCCACGAGAACAGAAGAGAUCAACAUGAGACAUCAGUAUGAAAUUAAGAGUUGUUGGCCAUCUACAAUAUCAGGCGGCAUCUCCCCUUGUAUUAUAAUAGAAACUCCUCACAAAGAAGCGACAACCACUGAUUUUUCCAGAUUCAAAAAAUACAGGUUCAGAAACCUCUUCAUAAAUCCAUCACCUUUACCGGAACUUAGCUGGGGAAAUUCUAAAGAUGUCUGGUUCAACAUUCUCAAAAAGGAGAACAAAUAUUCUCACUGUAAGCAUUUCACAUCUCUACACUCCAACUUGCAGCCGCACAUGAGAUCAAUCCUAUUGGACUGGCUUCUGGAGGUAUGUGAAGUAUACACGCUCCAUAGGGAAACUUUCUACUUGGCACAAGACUUUUUUGACAGAUUCAUGCUGACUCAAAAGAAUUUAAACAAAACCAUGCUUCAGCUCAUAGGAAUUACAACCCUGUUCAUUGCUUCCAAGCUUGAGGAGAUUUAUGCUCCCAAACUACAGGAAUUUGCCUAUGUUACUGAUGGUGCUUGUAGUGAAGAUGAUAUUAUAAGAAUGGAGCUCAUUAUAUUAAAGGCUCUAAAGUGGGAGCUGUGCCCAGUAACGAUCAUCUCUUGGCUGAACCUUUAUCUCCAAGUGGAUGCUCUGAAAGAUGUCCCAAAGGUGCUGCUACCUCAGUAUUCUCAGGAAAAGUUUAUUGAAAUAGCACAGCUUUUAGAUCUAUGUAUUCUAGAUGUCAAUUCUUUGGAUUUCCAGUAUAGAAUAUUGGCGGCGGCUGCACUCUGUCACUAUACCUCAGUACAUGUAGUUACAAGAGUCUCAGGCUUGGAGUGGGACAGUAUUGCAGAAUGUGUAGAGUGGCUAAAACCGUUUCUUAAGGUUGCAAAAAAAUCACCAGUGAAACUAAAGAAUUUUAAGAAAAUUGCAGCAGAAGACAGGCAUAAUAUACAGACGCACACAAACUACUUGGAUAUGCUGGUGAGUUGUUUCUCCCACUCUGAGUUUCAUGUUGUACCUCUGAGUGUUAAAGUAAUGUCACGUAUCUUGCCCACUUCCAGUGUAAAAGUUAUUUGGGCUGGCAAGACAUAUUUGUAUAGCACUACAGAGAUGUUUAAAGAAAUUGGUUCAAGGUCAGUAGCUAGUGAGUUCUGGGCCAGAUCCAGCUGCUUCCUUCUCCACUUGAGCUGGUCCAGGACAAACCUCUGACCCUUAGAGUGUUUCAUGUUUUAAAAGACCUAUCGUCCCUGACCAUGUCCAUACUGACUAGGGCUGUAAAGACAGUGAUGUACAUUUUUGGCAGUUAAUAUAGUUGCAUUAGAAAGUAAAACUAAUGUAUAAGGAUAACUGAAAUUUGAAGAUGCAUCUAGUUUUAAAUACAUGAACACAAUAAGAAAUAAGCUGUGUUGGAACAGUAGUACAGUUGGUCUUUUAUCAGUAGACAGACAUACUGUAAACAGAACCAAUGUGCCCCCAACUCAGACUAGGUGGGCUACUGGCUUGAUCCAACAGGGCUAUUUUGACCAGUCACUAGGCUUGUUUAAGGGCAAUGGGGUAGGGGUGGAUACAUGAACCAUGUAUGUCCCCUUACCCUCCUGGAGAAAAAGGAAGGAAAUUCUUGCCAUUUGCAUGAAAGAUGCAGACCAUGAGACGAGGAGAGGGCACCCUAGCUGUACCAGUUCCUUUUCAAGGAAAGGGGGACUAUAUGUAGGAAUGCAAGGGAGCAAUUUUCUGCCUUUGAGUCCACAGGCAAAAACUCUCAUGAAGGAAUGUGCUCUGAACCAUAGGGGAAUAGCAAAGCAGAAAUUGCUUGGUUUACCAUUUUGGUGCAUUAAUUUAAAUAUUAAUAGGAUGAAGUCAACUAUGAAGUAGCUGUUGCAGCACCAGGCCAGCUAUCACCGGUGUCUACAGGAGGAAUAAUUACCCCACCCAAGAGUUCUGAAAAAUGAAAUCUCUGCACAACAGGAGUGUGUGCCAACCUGAACAAUAUUGUAAGACUGUUGGAAAAUACAUCCUGGACUUUUUACACUUGACAAGUGGUUGGGAAGACUAUCAAAAGGAAGCUCACAUUCAACUUUACUGACUUUGCAGCCCAGUAAAGAACAGACUAUGAAUUAACUGUUCAGCAGUCAGAAUGAACUACACAUUUUUAACCUGUUGAAUGGCCUCAAGUAACUGAGUUUUUUGAUACCUGUGGGUAAGUGUGCCAGUGGUUUAGCUAUGUAUGAACUUAAGAUAUACUUUUCUGCUGACUUCUGUUGAAAGCACAUUGUACAGUCAACUUCUACACUCAACAGCAUUAGUCAGAUUUUAGAAGCCUGCAUAGCAGUGUAACUGCUACUGGGAGAUCAAUCUUGCUACUAUACUUGUGUAGUAUAGCUAUGAGAUAAGGUGAAACUGGUUUUAAGCAUUGGCAUAGGAAAGUGGGGGUGAGAAGAGGCUGCAGUUAAACAUUGAAACUACUUCUAAAAUCAGCAGGCAACUUAAACAACCAGCAUGUAACUGGAACAACACCUGCUUUACCGUGAAUAAAUGUCACAUACUACCUCUUUCCUCAUGAGGUGCUAUCUUUCCUUUUAUACAAGAAAAGCUGCCACAAAGGGUGAAAAAACAAACAGGUGAAGUUAAGACUGUUCUGCAACAGCUUAAGUACUACGGAGAGUCAUGCUCUGUCCAAGGUAGUUUACUGUCCCUCUUUAUGCCAGCUUGCAUUACAAAAGCUAACCCGCUUCUGUAUAAUCUUGUAAAAAGAAAGGAAGAAUUUUUAAGUUUUCUAAAUAGGAAGAUGCCACACAGUAUGUUUAUAAAUUUGUAAAAAAAAAAAGGUCUUAUGCGUUAAUAAAGUGUUGGAAAUAA